AUGGAUAUGUUUAAGGGCAUCGGAGAACAUUUGUACAAGCGGUUCGGACAACGCUGGCAAGGACAAGAUGUGAGGAAAUGCCAACGCCAGAUCGAGUCGGCGCUGAGUGAUAUCUCGGUUAUUCCAUUGGCAGAAGUAUUCUACCGUCUGGGGACUAGAAAUAGGGGCCUCCUCUGCUGGGAAGCAGCAAAGCGCCUCAAAGCAGCUGGUCCUAAUGUCCUCCCACGUGCGGUUCCUCCUCCUACAUGUUUUCUCUUCCUCCGUGGGUCUGUGAAUCCAUUCAAUGCCCUCUUAGCAUUUCUUGCGGUGAUAUCUGCGAUUUCGCCGUCACCUAGUUGGGAGACGGUCUCGAUCCUUCUGAUAAUGAUCAUCGUGUCUUCCGUCGUUCGCUUUCACCAGGAAUACCAAAGCUCUGUCGAGAUGUUCCGCCUUCAGUCCAACAGUGCAUCUAUGGUCAGAGUCCGUCGUCAGGUUAGCGUGAACGGUACGUUCGGUCAUCAUCGGGUUCACGAAACACUGGUGCCGGCGGCAGAGCUGGUCACUGGUGAUAUUAUAUUCAUCCACUCUGGUGAGACUGUUCCUGCCGAUUGCCGAGUCAUUGACUCGCAUCAUUUAAGAGUCAGUCAAGCGGUUUUAUCAGGUGAAAGUGUUGCUGUGCGAAAGGCCCCGUGCCUCUCGAAGCACAGCGACAGCUAUUUGCUCUUAGACCGUGAGAACAUUGUCUUUAUGGGUUCGACAGUCGCUUGCGGAAAUGCCGUUGGAAUAGUGGUAGCGACAGGGAGCCGCACGUUCAUGUCCAGUAUUGCGCAGGCCCUGAAUAAUAAGCGACCUCCAACCGCUUUCGAGCUCGGGGUUCGCAACGUUAGUCUGGUUCUGUGUAUGUUCAUGUUGACGAUGGUUCCUAUAAUUUUUACAAUGUCAAGACGUGCAACUGGAAGCUCUGCCAGAGCCGCUUUAUUUGCCAUCAGCGUUGCAGUUGGGCUUGUUCCGGAAAUGCUUCCUGCUAUUGUCAAUGCUAAUCUCGCUCGUGGUGCCCUUCUCCUAUUGAAGAAGUGUGUAAUUGUAAAGCAUCUAUAUGCUGUGCAAAACCUAGGGGGUAUGACUGUCCUGUGUUCUGACAAGACUGGAACCAUAACCACAGACAAGCUCACUGUAUCACACUGCGCAAAUGCACAAGGGAUUCCCGAUAUGCAUGUAUUCUGCUUAGCUUACAUCAAUGCAGCCUGCCAACUUCAGAUCGCCGAUGACAUUGAUCAUGCAGUCCUCCGUGCUCGCGGACAGUAUUCCCAACCGCCACAUAUCCCGUAUUAUGAAACUGUCGAGGUGAUUCCUUUUUCCUUUGAGCGCCGACGGUCAAGCUGCAUAAUCCGAAACUCGGCCAAUCGUCUUGUUUUGAUCUGUAAAGGGGCCUAUGACGAGGUCAUGGCCCUUUGUACCCAUGUACGCUUCGGUGCUGUCCAUACUGAUCUCGACAUGUCCACUCGUGAACGGGUCGCACAUCACGUUAGACAGGUGACAUCUCGUGGAUAUAGGGUCCUCCUCAUCGCUGCGAAGACUAUUGAGGCAACCUCUCUGAACCAAGGCGAAGUCCACGAGGGACUCGAGAACCAAAUGACUCUCGAAGGUUUAAUUGCCUUCUCACAGCCGGUCAAGGAAGAUGCAGCUUCGUCCAUCCAUCAGCUUCAGGACCUUGGCGUCGAGCUGAAGAUACUAACGGGCGACAGUCUCGAGCAUACUCUGCGAGUAUUCCACGAGCUUCGACUUGGCCAUAGAUUCGAGGGCAGUGCUCCAGCCAUUUCCGGACUGCAGCUAGACGAAAUCAAUGAUCCGCGUGAGCUCGACAUGAUUGUCAAAGGGACGAUGCUGUUUUACAAACUGACCCCGGGGCAAAAGGGCCAUGUGGUUGAGUCGCUUCGCCGGCAAGGAAGCUCUGUCGGCAUGCUUGCAGAUGGAGUAAACGACUGCGUCGCCCUUCGCUCGGCGGAUGUGGGCAUCACGGUGGACACAGCAGCCUCGGCUGCCAAAGACUCUAGCGAUGUGAUUCUUGCUACGAAAGAUCUACGUAUUCUUGUCGAUGCCGUCACCGUCGGCCGCAUUGCUCACGGAAAUACUGUGAAAUACAUUAAAAUGGUCACGUCGUCUAAUUUUGGGAAUGUAUUCAGCGUCCUAAUCGCCAGUAUUUGGCUGCCAUUUGAGCCCAUGACUAGUCUACAACUGCUCUUCCAAAAUCUGCUGUAUGAUAUCAGCCAGAUUGCAAUUGCCUGGGAUAGUGUCGACGAGGAAUAUCUUCAAUUGCCUCAGAAUUGGAACGUCUCUGAAUUAAUCCGAUUCAUGCUCGUCUUCGGUCCCACUAGCUCAAUAAUUGAUGUCUGUACCUUCUGUCUGGGGGUUUAUUACUACGGACUCAAUGUAGCAGACGACCCAAUGCGCGUUUCGAUGUUCCGUACACACUGGUUUUUACAAGGAUUACUUACUCAAACAUUGAUCAUUCAUUUCUACCGGACAGCAAAAGUCCCAUGGUUUCAGAGUCGACCCUCCAAGGCGCUGUCAUUGUCCAUUGCUUGCAUCAUGACUAUCGGCUUGCUUAUUCCUUACAUCGGCCCUAUCCGGAAUACACUGGGUAUGGUUCGUCCGGCGAACACGUUUCUGCUGUUUCUGGUUGCUGAGCUUCUUGGAUAUUGCAUUGAAGUUCAGGUUCUGAAAUCCUUAUACAUCAAGCUUUUCGGUGCUUGGAUUUGA